AUAGAGAAAGAAAGGAAAUCUGGGGAUACAGGAUCUAAACUGUCUUUUCUCAGUCAGAAAGAGGGAUUUUUACAUGAGAACAUUGAUAAUUGUUUUCGUUACGUUUCCAGGAUCACUUGGAACUCACUUGAACAGAAUUUGAUAUUUAAACUAUCGCAAAAAUAGAUUUAUAUAGAAGAGCUUGAUCAGCAAAUUUUCCCGUCGCAGUAACAAAAUGGCGACGAAUGAUUCUCCUGCUGCGCUUCGGGAGGUCAAACGAGUCCAGUUUGGGGUGCUUGGACCUGAGGAAUGUCGUCGAAUGUCCGUCACAGAUGGUGGUGGUAUCAAGUACCCAGAGACAAUGGAGGGUGGUCGCCCCAAGAUUGGCGGGCUGAUGGACCCAAGACAAGGCUGCAUUGACAGGACAUCUCGUUGUCAGACCUGUGCUGGGAACCAAGCAGAAUGUCCAGGCCACUUUGGUCACAUUGAAUUGGCAAAGCCCGUGUUCCAUGUUGGAUUCUUCACCAAAACUAUAAAGAUCCUGCGAAGUGUUUGUUUCUUCUGUUCAAAACUUCUCAUGGAUUCGAAUCACCCAAAAGUUAAAGAUAUCUUAGCCAAAUCCAAAGGUCAGCCUCGUAAGCGGAUGGCUCACGUUUACGAUCUGGUGAAGGGGAAGAAUAUCUGCGAGGGAGGUGAUGAGAUGGACAUGAAGCUGGAGAACCAACAGGAUAAUGUCCCACAGGAGGACAGAAAGGGUCAUGGCGGCUGCGGUCGAUAUCAACCUAAGAUUCGUCGUGCCCAACUUGAGCUGAUUGCCGAGUGGAAGCAUGUGAACGAGGACUCGCAAGAGAGAAAGAUCAUCUUGACCGCCGAGAGAGUACAUGAAAUAUUAAAAAACGUGUCGGACGAAGACUGUACGGUUCUUGGCAUGGAUCCAAAACAUUGCCGACCAGACUGGCUGAUAAUCACCGUAAUGCCGGUACCGCCGUUGUGUGUGAGGCCUGCUGUCGUCAUGUACGGCUCUGCAAGAAAUCAGGAUGAUUUAACUCACAAGAUCUCGGACAUAAUCAAAGCUAAUAACCAGUUGAAGAGGAAUGAACAGAACGGUGCAGCCGCUCACAUCAUCGCCGAGGAUACCAAGAUGUUACAGUUCCAUGUUGCUACCUUCACAGAUAAUGAAAUGCCCGGUUUACCAAAGGCUGUUCAAAAAUCGGGUCGGCCUCUCAAAUCAGUGAAGCAAAGAUUGAAAGGGAAAGAGGGGCGCGUACGUGGAAACUUGAUGGGGAAACGAGUGGACUUUUCGGCACGUACCGUCAUCACACCUGAUCCCAAUCUACGAAUCAAUCAAGUGGGUGUGCCAAGGACUAUCGCACAGAACAUGACGUUCCCUGAAAUCGUGACACCAUUCAACAUCGACAGACUUCAAGAGUUGGUGAGAAGAGGUCCCAACCAGUAUCCAGGUGCUAAAUACAUUAUCAGAGACAAUGGGGACCGGGUUGAUCUGCGAUAUCAUCCAAAACCGAGCGACCUUCAUCUCCAGAUCGGAUACAAAGUGGAGCGACACAUGCAAGACGAUGAUCUCAUUAUCUUCAACCGACAGCCAACUCUCCACAAAAUGAGUAUGAUGGGUCACAUGGUGAAAGUAUUACCUUGGUCGACGUUCAGGAUGAACCUCAGUGUAACCACUCCCUACAAUGCUGACUUCGACGGCGAUGAGAUGAACUUGCAUUUGCCACAGUCGCUGGAGACACGAGCUGAGAUCCAGGAGUUGUGUAUGGUACAUCGUAUGAUCAUUACACCACAGUCAAACAGACCAGUCAUGGGUAUUGUGCAGGAUACUCUCACGGCCGUCCGCAAGAUGACGAAACGUGACGUGUUCUUAGACAAGGCGGACAUGAUGACCCUUGUGAUGUUCCUGCCAUCAUGGGAUGGCAAGCUCCCACAGCCCUGCAUCCUGAAACCGAAGCCACUGUGGACAGGGAAGCAGCUGUUCUCGCUCAUCAUCCCAGGGAGGGUCAACUGUAUCAGGACCCACAGUGCACAUCCUGAUGAUGAGGACAAUGGGCCUUAUAAAUGGAUCUCCCCUGGAGACACUAAGGUACUGGUUGAAGAUGGAGUACUCAUCAGUGGCAUCCUUUGUAAGAAGUCGCUCGGUGCCAGCAGUGGUUCUCUGCUACAUAUCGUUGUGCUAGAGGAGGGCUACAAUGAAUGUGCUCUCUUCUAUGGUUAUAUCCAGAUGGUCGUCAACAACUGGCUGCUCAUUGAAGGUCACUCCAUUGGUAUUGGAGAUACCAUCGCCGAUCCCCAGACCUACCUGGACAUUCAGAACACCAUCAAGAAAGCCAAGCUUGACGUGAUAGAAGUCAUUGAGAAGGCCCAUAACGAUGAGUUGGAGCCGUCUCCCGGUAACACACUCAGGCAGACGUUCGAGAACCAAGUGAACAGGAUCUUGAACGAUGCUCGUGACAAGACUGGUAGCAGUGCCCAGAAAUCAUUGUCAGAGUUCAACAACUUCAAGGCUAUGGUGGUGGCCGGGUCCAAGGGAUCCAAGAUUAACAUCUCUCAGGUUAUUGCCUGUGUAGGUCAGCAGAACGUUGAGGGUAAACGAAUCCCAUUCGGUUUCCGCCAUCGUACCCUGCCACAUUUCAUCAAGGAUGAUUACGGUCCCGAGUCGAGAGGAUUCGUGGAGAAUUCCUACCUUGCUGGUUUGACGCCCUCUGAGUUCUUCUUCCACGCCAUGGGAGGACGCGAGGGUUUGAUUGAUACAGCCGUCAAGACUGCUGAGACUGGCUACAUCCAGCGACGUCUCAUCAAGGCUAUGGAGUCGGUCAUGGUCCGUUAUGACGGUACUGUUAGGAACCAGGCGGAGCAGAUGAUCCAGCUGUGUUACGGUGAGGACAACUUGGAUGCAAUCCACGUGGAGUUCCAGGCCAUGCCAAAUCUAAAACCAUCCCACAAAGUCUUCGAGAAGAAGUUCAAGUUUGACGCGACAAACGAGCGUUCGAUGCGGCGAAGCAUGAACGAGGAUGUCGUGAGGGAAGUCCUUGGUGAUGCACAUAUCAUCUCUGAGUUGGAGAGUGAAUGGGAACAGCUGAAGGUUGAUCGGGAUCAAGUGAGGAGGUGUUUCCCAACAGGCGAUGCGAGGAUUGUGUUGCCUUGUAACAUGGCUCGUCUCAUCUGGAACGCUCAGAAGAUCUUCAGAAUUGAUAUAAGAAAACCAUGUGAUCUUCACCCACUCAAGAUCAUUGAAGGCGUGAGAGAGUUAACCAAGAAGUUUGUGGUCGUCGUGGGCAAUGAUCGUUUGAGUGUCCAGGCUAACGAAAACGCCACAACCCUGAUGAAGAUCCUGACCCGAGCUACUCUCUGCACGAAACGAGUCACGGAGGAAUACAGGUUAUCGUCAGAGGCGUUUGAGUGGCUCCUUGGAGAGAUUGAUACGAAAUUCUUACAGUCUCACGUGCAAUCUGGUGAGAUGGUUGGAGCCCUUGCUGCUCAGUCCCUGGGAGAGCCUGCCACCCAGAUGACCUUGAACACUUUCCAUUAUGCCGGUGUGUCUGCCAAGAAUGUCACCCUUGGUGUGCCACGUCUGAAAGAGAUCAUCAACAUCUCUAAGAAGCCCAAGACCCCGUCGCUGACUGUGUUCUUGAUGGGCCAGAGUGCUCGUGAUGCGGAAAAGGCAAAGGAUGUCUUGUGUCGCCUUGAGCACACCACGCUCCGGAAAGUCGUCGCAAACACCGCCAUCUACUACGACCCUGAUCCACAGAAUACAGUGAUAUCCGAGGAUCAGGAUUUCGUCAAUGUCUAUUACGAGAUGCCUGACUUUGACGCAUCACGGAUCUCACCUUGGCUCCUCAGGUUGGAGCUUGAUCGUAAACGUAUGACUGAUAAGAAACUUACCAUGGAACAGAUCUCAGAAAAGAUCACUGCUGGCUUCGGUGAUGAUCUCAACUGCAUCUUCAACGAUGACAAUGCCGAGAAGUUGGUUCUGCGAAUCCGAAUCAUGAACUCAGACGACAGCAAGUUCCAGGAGGAGGAGGAGGUUGUGGACAAGAUGGAGGAUGAUAUGUUCCUGAGAUGUAUCGAGUCCAAUCUGCUCAGCGACAUGACCCUACAGGGUAUCGAGUCAAUUGCAAAGGUGUACAUGCAUCUGCCCAAGACUGACGACAAGAAGCGUGUGAUCAUCACAGACACCGGAGAGUUCAAGGGUAUUCAGGAAUGGAUCCUUGAAACAGAUGGUACCAGUCUCAUGAAGGUGCUCAGCGUGAAAGAUGUCGACCCCAUCAGGACGUCCUCCAACGAUAUCGUCGAGCUAUUCGGGGUCCUUGGCAUUGAAGCGGUCAGGAAAGGAAUUGAACGUGAGAUGUUCAACGUGAUCUCCUUUGAUGGUUCCUACGUCAACUAUCGCCAUCUGUCGCUGCUUUGUGAGGUGAUGACGGCCAAGGGUCACUUGAUGGCCAUCACUCGUCACGGUAUCAACAGGCAGGACACUGGAGCUUUGGCAAGGUGUUCUUUUGAGGAGACGGUUGAUAUCUUGAUGGAAGCGGCUGCCCACGGGGAGUUUGACCCCCUCAAGGGUGUCUCUGAAUGUAUCAUGCUUGGAAAGCUAGGAAAGAUUGGUACUGGCUCAUUCGACUUGAUGCUGGAUGCUGAGAAAUGUAAACACGGGAUGGAAAUUCCGACGAACAUUGGUGGAAUGAUGAUGGGAGGUGAGGGCGUGACUGGCAUGUUCUUCGGUGGCGGUGCAAGUCCUGCUGCUGGGGCGUCCCCUCAGAUGACGCCAUGGAACCAAGGUGCAACGCCAUCAUAUGCCAGCGCUUGGUCACCAGGUCUUGGGAGCGGUAUGACACCAGGUGGAGCUGGCUUCUCCCCGUCUGCUGCUAGUGAGAGUGGUUUCAGCCCCGGAUACAGUCCAGCCUGGUCACCACAACCAGGCUCGCCAGGAUCACCAAUGAGUCCAUACAUACCAAGCCCAGCUGGUGCCAUGUCACCAAGAUAUUCGCCAACGUCUCCUGCGUAUAUGCCACAGUCACCAUUGGUUACAGCACAGAGUCCGAGUUACUCCCCAACGAGUCCUGGAUACUCUCCGUCAAGUCCUGGAGGCAGUGGAGGAUAUUCACCAGCGUCGCCGAACUACAGUCCGACAUCGCCCUCGUAUUCUCCAACCAGUCCCAGUUACAGUCCAACAUCGCCUAGUUACAGUCCGACUAGCCCGUCGUACAGUCCUACCAGUCCCAGCUACAGCCCAACAAGCCCAUCUUACUCUCCCACGUCUCCUUCUUACAGCCCCACAAGCCCUAGCUACAGCCCGACAAGCCCUAGCUACAGCCCUACUAGCCCUUCGUAUUCACCAACGAGUCCGAGUUACUCACCAACUAGUCCAAGCUACAGUCCCACAAGCCCCAGUUACAGCCCAACAUCCCCAAGCUACAGCCCAACCAGCCCAAGCUACUCACCAACAUCACCAAGCUACUCCCCAACCUCCCCCUCGUAUUCCCCAACUUCUCCCUCGUACAGUCCAACAAGCCCAAGCUACAGUCCGACGUCACCUUCGUACAGUCCGACUAGCCCUAGCUAUUCCCCAACCAGUCCUAGCUACAGUCCGACAUCCCCGAGCUACUCGCCAACAAGUCCCAAGUACAGCCCGACUUCACCUUCCUACUCCCCAACCAGUCCUUCAUACUCCCCGAGCUCACCACAAUACACACCAACAUCCCCCAAAUAUUCCCCAACCAGCCCCUCGUACUCGCCGACAUCACCGAAAUAUUCCCCUGCUUCACCCACGUACAGCCCAACCAGCCCCAAAUACACCCCAACAUCCCCACAGUACAGUCCAACCUCCCCGCAAUACAGCCCAAGCUCACCGAAGUAUUCACCAGCUUCGCCAAGCUACUCUCCGUCAAGCCCCGACUACUCCCCUGCAUCACCUAGCUACUCUCCUACCAGCCCCAAAUAUUCACCAGCCAGUCCUACCUACUCUCCCACCUCGCCCAAAUACACACCAACUAGUCCAACGUACUCUCCAACGACGCCCAAGUACACCCCCACAAGCCCCUCAUACUCUCCCACAGAGGAGGACAAAUAAGCAAUACCGUCGGAUAGAUUCUCGGACACUUUGAUUGAGGAGGCUUGUACUUGUUAUGACAGACAUAAUGGUUGAGCAUUUCUCUUUAGGUCACAAUAAGUGCACUCAGGGUAGAAUAUAGGCAAGAGGUACAUACAGGGAUCAUCAAAACAUUGACAGUAUACUGAAAGCAGUAUCGGGAACCAAAAUCAUAUAUUUUCUUAGUGUCUCACUUGUGCCAUUCACCUUGCUCUCCUUGGCGGUGUCACAGGUCGCUGGCACUAAACUUCAUUGAAAAAUGAUGCUGAUUCUCCUGCCUAUAUUCUCCCUUCAGUGACUGAUUCAGUUGCCAUGUGUCUUGUAAGACUGUGAUACACCCGCUGUACUCGUACAUACAUGUACUUAAUACAGUGCUAAUGAAAUUUCUUCCUGUUGAGAGUAGGUCAUUUCAUUGUGACGUACUCUGUCUUCAAACAGCAAACAUUUAGUAGGAUAUAAAUGUAAGUAAUUGACUUCUACAAAUUUUGCUUGUCAAUGUUAUGUUGCUGACAAUGACAUAGAUUGAACUGUGUUGUAGUAGCAACAGCCUUUUAAUGUAUGCAAGUUCAGAUCUUAUUGUAUUGAGAAAACAGUUUGUAACCAGAUGAAUCAUUGUAUUAUAAUUUGAUCAGGUUAUGUAAGCCUGAAUGAACCCACUCAUUGUUUUCAUUCAUAACCUUCAAGAGAAAAAAUAGUGUCACGAUGAACUGUGUAGAGUUAAAUAAUAUUCAAGAAUAGCAGUCUCCAUUGUAAAUAAUUAUCUCAUCAAGAAGGUAGUAUUAUGUGAUCGCUCGUUCACCAGUAUAGGUGUGUACAACGUCUUGAAUAUGUGAAGUUAAAACAGCUGCUGGGGUGGUCAGCACGGCCUGUUUCUGGUGCCCCCUGGGUCAGCUUGGUGCCCCACAAGGCUGCUUGUCAGAGUUGGAAAGCCCCUGGUGUACAAUAUUUGACUACUAAAAUAGAACAAGGAACAUAUUGGUUCAUAUGGUGUUAUCUUGAAGGAACAAGUUCGUCUCUGUUUUUUUGUAAUCAUUGUAUUUAUUUGCUUGUAACAUUGUGUUCAUCUUGGCAAAAGCAAUCAUGGAAUUCACUUAGAAAAUGGUUGUGUGCUGAAAAAACAAAAAAAUCUCAUUAUGCAUUUCCAAAAGUUAUUUUCUUGUAAUUAUUAUAAUUGUGUAAAAAUAUAAGGUAGAGAAGGUCUUGCAUGAUUAGUUUUGUUGCAGUACAAAGUGUGGUAGACAUACAUUGAUGUUUGAGUAAAUGCCACUGUUUUGUAUAAUAUGGAGAGGAAAAAAAAUUGCGACUUAAUUUUGUGCAGUGUAGUUUUCAGUCCAGAAGUAGGCCUACUCUUUAUACCACUGUUGGCUUGGAGAUUAUGCAACUGGUGCGAAUUAUGAAAUACCAAGUUUCCACUUGAUUCAGUAUAAGGAGGACGGUUUGGCCUGAGACUACUAUGGAGUACUUGUAUGAUUCUAUAUGGCAUACAUAUAUGAUGCUCUCCAAGUUCACACUCGCAGCAAUUGCAAAACUUCUCCCUAAUGCUUGGUACACACUGUAACACAUUUACUAUUGUACUGUUACAAUUGUCAAAUUUUAUUUUGUCUGAUAUUGUAAGGUUGCAAGAGAGUUGAUCAGGUUGUAAAUAUUGAUUGCAUGUGAAUUGAUUGAAACAUGCUUUAUUGUAAUAAAGAUUUAAAAUCAAA